GAACACACUUUCGGAACCAAUUAACAGCGAUUAGGCAGUGUGCUGAUGAUGCUGCGUGACAAACAAAUACAAGAUUUCAUGGUAAAUCGCGACAAAUUCCGACUAUCCAAAAGUAGGAGCCUCGAAAACACACGUUUACAACAUAUAUAUAUAUAGAUAUUUAUAUGUAUAUAUAUUCGUCCAAACAUACAGACACGCGUAUAGAUUUUGGACAAGUGUGGUGGAUGCGAGAGAGAAAGGGGCGAAUGAGACUUGCAGAAAUUCACUUUUGAGUCAACGAGAUUAUUUGACAGAAGAGGCUCGAGAGAGAGAUAGGGAGAGCCGAAAUAAAGUCAACGAGACAGAGAGAGAGAGUUAUGUAAGUGUCGUGUGCAAACACACAACAACUGUGUCGAGGCUCGCGAGUUUGACAUAUGAGAGCAAAACAUGUGUCUACUUUGACGUUUGCGCGACGUGUUAAAUGUCAAAAGUACGAUGACAGGUCCUAAUGUCACACGUGGAACGUCGAGCGACGAUGAGCCUUCGGUUCGCCCGCUGCUGUAACGUUUGACAGAUGCUGUCAAAUGCCGAUGAUCAUGGCGCAGAAGGAAGGCGAGAAGUAUCCCCUUCACAGAUGUAUAUUUCAAGGCAGUGUGAAGACGCUCAGCUCUUUAAUUAAGAAACAUGAUAUUGCCGAAAAGGAUAAACAAGGGAACACACCUUUGCAUUUAGCUGUGAUGUUAGGAAGAAAAGAAUGUGUUCAAUUAUUGCUUGCACAUGGUGCACCUGUAAAAGUGAAGAAUUUAGCUGGCUGGAGUCCAUUGGCCGAAGCAAUCAGUUACGGAGAUAGGCAAACCAUAUCAUCUUUAGUGCGAAAAUUGAAGCAACAAACGAGGGAACAGAUGGAAGAAAGGAGGCCAAAUCUAGUUGCUGCAUUGCAUCAAAUGGGCGAUUUUUAUAUGGAAUUAAAAUGGGAUUUUCAAAGCUGGGUACCAUUAGUUUCGAGAGUAUUGCCAUCGGAUAUAUGUAAGAUCCAUAAAAGCGGGGCUUCGAUUAGGAUGGACACCACACUUGUAGACUUUAACGACAUGAGAUGGGAGAGAGGUGACAUAUCUUUCAUCUUCAAUGGUGACCAAAAACCCGGCCAUUCGUUGACUGUCCUCGACAAUAAAGCAAAACUUUUCCAAAGAGUGAGACAUAAGGAAACUGAACUCGAGAUAGAGGAUGAAGUUGAUAUUCUUAUGUCUAGCGAUAUUAUGGCAGCACAAAUGUCUACCAAAGGUAUCACGUUUUCUAGAGCACAGACAGGAUGGAUUUUUAGAGAAGACAAAAGAGAAAUGGUCGGCACCUUUCAUGCUGAUUUCUACCAAAUCAAUGGUAUGGUACUAGAAAGUAGAAAACGUCGGGAACAUUUAAGCGAGGAGGAUCUCCAAAAGAAUAAAGCUAUUAUGGAAUCCCUUACCAAAGGUAGUUCUCAAGGCUUUAAAAACGGCGAGCCUCCUUUAAGAAGAGCAUCGUUGAAUCCGCCACCAGAAUCGAACAUCACGUGGGAUGAAUAUGUCGUCGCGCCAGCCGGCCAGUGUCCGCUUCUGGGAAGAAACCUCGUUUACAAGGAGAGCAGUAAAUCUUUCAAAGCCACCGUAGCGAUGAGUCCGGAUUUUCCCCUCACCGUCGACAUGUUACUUAACGUUCUGGAAGUGAUCACGCCGUUCAAGCAUCUAAGCAAGUUGCGACAAUUUGUACUUAUGAAGUUACCCCCUGGAUUUCCAGUUAAGAUCGACAUACCGAUUUUGCCUACCGUCACCGCUAAAAUAACUUUUCAAGAGUUCGCCUUUCGAAAUGACAUAGAUCCAGAGUUGUUUCAAGUGCCAUCCGACUAUUUCGAAGAUCCAAUGAGUGUGACCGAAUCUUCGGUAUCAAAAUUAUUCCCAAAAUUAAACGAUGCACAGGGUGUAUAUGCAAAUAAUGCAGUAAACCAAGGAGAUCUGACACCAUCUGCGAGCGAUCGAACAUUUCAUCUGACCAAAGAUUAUGGAGGAUACCCCGGAUCAAUUGGAGGAUAUCCUGGAGGAUAUUCUGGAUACGGAAUUAAUCCGGGAAUAGCUGGAAACUCUAUUCAUCCUGGUUUAUAUCGCGGUAGCCUGAUUCCAGGAUAUAAUAGGGGUUAUCAAUAUCCAGGUGGUAUCAUCGGCAGCGGUAAUCUUGGGUAUGGAUAUUAUGGAAAUAAUCCUGGAUACAGCGGCUACGGCGGAUAUGGAGGAUAUGGAACAGGAUAUGGAGCAGGAUAUGGAGGAGGAUAUGGCGGAGGAUAUGGUGGAUAUAAUCCAUAUGGUUACAGCGGAUAUGGUGGUUAUGGGGAUUACGGAAGAGGAGGCCUUGGGGGUUACGGAAGUUACGGUGUCGGAGGUUUCGAGGACAGUUUAGGAUAUGGACGUGGUCGUUACGACGGAUACGAUACUUAUGGCUACGGAAGCGGAUACGGUACGAAUUAUGGCUCGACGUACGCGGCGAGGAGUCCGUAUCCCUACAGUUAUCGCGGUGGUAAUUAUGCUAAUACCCUCGGCAGCCCAACUGGUUAUCGCGGUUAUUCUUAAUAAUCACCCGCGACGAAUAAUAAAUACAUGGUUUUUUGCAUAAUUUUCACACAAACAUUACCCAUACAGCAUAAAAUAU